CAAUAAAAUCAGAUAUAGGUAGAUAUCCACCAGCAAAUGUGAAGAACUGACACUAGCAAUAUCUCCUAUAUCUACCCCUUCAUUCACGGAGUUAAGUCUAUCGUAUCUGGUGCUGUUGGGAUUUUGAACUACUAAGCCACGACGUCCCGAGGAAAAACCUUGCUUCUGCCAGUUCCACUCUAAUUACACGUUGAGGCAUGUCGAACGUAUGGUUAAAUAAAUUUCUCUUACCAUCUUUGUACAUUGUGACCGAGGAGGAAAACGACUCUCGUCCUGGUUGCAGUUGCGAUGGAGAUAACGACAAGCCUUCGUCUGUGAAAUUGACGGUUUCCAACCUUGCCUUGGAAGAUGAGUGUUUGAGAAUAGACUGAGGAGAUAACUUCGGAUAUUUCCUGACACCCAGUGCUUCAGAGACUGGCGAAAAGACAUCCCUAAGCAAAGGUGCAUUCAGGAGUUGAGACUCUACGGGAGACUUCAAAUUUUCUGGAUAAGUUCCCAUAUAAGAGGCCUGAGAGCCAGGACUCUCUGCAUCAGCGUGGUGACGUCGAGAAUUUUCCACGAGCAUCGUG